AUGAGACAUAGAGUAACAUUCAUUCAUUCAUUACCUCCAGAUGAAAAAAUAGCCAGCUCUCUCAAUGAGACUUACGUACGUCUCAAAGAUGGGCCCGAGGUUGCUCGCGAGGAUAGAUAUACAUUUCCUGCUCCAGAAUAUAAGAACGUUAAGUCGCUCCGUAUCCAUGUUAACAAAGGGUACGAAGACUCUCACGUCACCUCCCCAUUUUCUUAUCAAUAUCAGGUCGGACUGCAUUUCUAUGUAAAGCCAGUGGUGAUUAGUUCUCUAGCAGAAAGAGAGGAAUUUUACAGUAACAGUGGCAGAUUGAUCAAGGACUACUUCGGAGUGGAGCCAGAGAGUCAAACAUGGAUUCCUUCACUCAGCGCUUUGUACUUUCACGUGCAAGAGCCAUUAGAAAUGUCUUUCAAGAAUGUUGCCGAUGAAUUGUCCGCUCUUGACAACGAUUGGUCUUGCUUGGACUAUCAUUCCAGCGACGGUACCUCUGCUUUGAAACUAUUCUACCCUGUAAGUCAGCGUCGAUUUGUUGAUGUCAGUAAUACGUCAGAAUUCACUGAAGUCGGAAUAUUUGCUAUUGAUAAGCAAUCUUCCAGGGAUGAUUUGGUACUUUCAGGCGCCAGAAUCGUCAUGAACGACAACGAAGAUCUGGAUUUGGUCCAAAGAACACUCUUCCAUGUCAAACCAAGGCAUAGGUCGAUCGAUCCGAUGGAAUUGUCAUAUAAGCCCAAUGGGUUACAUCCAGUCAUUACGUUCGGCGAUGCACCGGAGUAUCCUGUGGACGAGGAUAUCAAGAAUUGUAUCCUUUAUUCUUAUUAUACUCUUGAAAAGUCAAUAUUUCUUGAUCCUUACCAAGUUCCAUCGGGCUUCAACAUAUUAGCAAACUACGGCACAAAGGAUUUGGAAUUACCAGAGUAUGCAAUAAAACAAUGGGGAAAUGAAAUAUUAGUGGAGCACAAGGACCUUGGCGUAUUUCCCUUCGACCUUACUUUGCAUUCCCGCUACCAAUUGCCUAGCAAUGCAAUUUCGAAGCGCACAGUCCUCGAUAAGCCCGUCGUAUUCUACGCAUGCGAGGGCAUGGUCGAUCCAUACUUAUUAAACAAUUCACCAUUUGACAACAAGAGGGCACCAGGUGGAAGUUUCGAAAAAUUUUUCACCGAUGAUACAAUAUUUUAUCAUGCUCUGAAGCAUGGCUACUUUGAUGUUGAUAUCCCUAACGCAGCUUUAAAUACUACGACUGCUAAACUGCUUACCCUCUUUGCUCUCCUCUUCGGGGUAACUAUUAUUUUCUACAAGCUUUUCAGAAGAACAAUUUUACAAAGAACUACCGGAACCAAGAAGAACGAAUAA